AUGGCAGCGCCGGUAAUGGCCAGUAUUCAAUCAUGUCAGUCAAAUAAUGUUAUCGCUUACGCUUCGCGAUUAAACAAUUAUGACUACGACGAUGUCGACAAUAGUAAAAGGCAUACUCUUGGCGAAGAUAGAAGAAAUUGGCGAAAAAAAGCAUUAUUGAAACCUUUAGAAUCCGACCAUAAAGAUUGGGAUGACAGACGCAGAUUUGAACAAGAUAGUCUUAGAUACUCGGACGAUGCAGACAAAGGUUAUGGAGGUAUGGAUAGACAAAGAGAGAUGGAUGGGUUUAGAGGUCCAAGGCGCUACGAAGAAAUGGAUAAAAUGAUAUCCGGAAUCAACAAUGACUUAGCACGACCAUCGUCUUUCUUAGAAAAAGAUAUUGAUAAAAAGCCUACGUCAAUAUCAAUGAAUUGUGAUAGACAACAUGAGAGGUAUGAGCCUUGCUUCGCUGGAUGCGCGUCAGUUACUUGCGACAAUCCCCGUGACCGCCUACGCCCCUGUUACCCGUUUUGUGAACCAGGAUGCGUAUGUGUCCAUCCCUAUGUUCGUGAUGAUCGCACACAUAAAUGUGUUUUACCAGAAGAAUGUACGAACAUAAAGUUGACGCAAAGUCACCAACGGCGAACCAAUGGCGGUGAACCGAUACCUACACCGUUAUUACAAAUUAACUCUCACGCAAUGCCAGAACUGUCAACAUCGUUUCCUAAUACAAGUGAUUUGGACGAUCAUGUAGAUGCGAUAGCUAAGAACGCAGACGAUCUUGGUGAUUGGCUCUAUAAUCAAUUUUAUAAAACAAUAGAAAGUCAAGUUAUCAACAAUACCAACGGAAACACAUUAACAAGACGAAGUGGUACGGUUUCCUUAAAGGAAAAUGUUAAGAAAAAGAGACGAAAAAACCAAAACAAAGGGACUCUAAAAAAAAAGCGAAAAAAAGAGGACUUGAGAAGGAAGUUACUUCGGAUUACAGAAGAUGAUAGUCUCUUCGAUUCAGGCACAGAUACUGAUAGCUCUGACCCUUCCAGCAGUGAUGAAACGCAUGAAAGCAGAGAUCAAGAACACGGACACAAGAAGUUUGUCAUAAUUAACAAGAAACCAAAAGCACCACUGCCUUCUUUUAUAUUUUUACCAAAUUUAGAAACACCUUUCUAUCCCCCUAUAGGAUUACCACCUCCAGCUCUACCUAUGUACCCCAUGGUACCUGUGCCACCGGUACUACCAUCUUUUCCUUUCCCAAAAAUAUCUCCAGAUUGUAACGAAACGGAAACCACAAAAAAUAUCAUUAUUACAUCUUCGUCAACUACAUUAACUUCUCAAGCAACAGUCCCUGUUCAAACAGUCACAACAGAACCAUCCAAAAAGACAACAUCUACACCUGAAUCCAUAACAGAAACAACAAAGUCAGUGAGUAUGGAAUCAACAACUGUGCCAGAAUCUGAAGACAAAUUAUUGCGUUUUAAAAAAAAGAAAAAGAAGCAUAUGCGUAGUGGCGGAAGCGAUGUACUUCGACGAUUACAAGAACUAGUAAGGAAUUCGACAUUUAAAAAGAAAGAACAAAAAGCAGAAUCUCCCAAUGUCUUAGAUCGGGAAACAGUGGAAACUAGUGAUAUGUUUCCUGAUGAAGCUCUAAAAGGCGAAGAUUUCCAACUAAGAACUAACGAUGAAACUCCUUUGAAACAAGAAAAUACUGUCGACUUUAAAUAUUUGUCACAAUUAAUUCAUCGAAUAAACCUUAAUGAGACGGAAAAUCCAUUGGAGGCAAUGUCUAAUCCAAAUAUCAGAAAUCGACUCCUUGCUGAUUUCUAUAAGAAAAAUGGUAUUACAAAUGUUCCUAAUAAACCUUUCCAGCCUAGUAGAAGAAUGAACAUUCAAAUGUAUCCACAAAGACAAAAAACAUUAGACAAUUCUUUUUAUGCUAAACUGGGUAGACAAAUAGCAACACUUAUAAGAGGUGUUAAUUCCAAAAAUGAUAGACAAAUUAAUAUUGAAAUUGAGCAAAUGGAUCAAAAUACACCAAGUCAUCCAAUAUUUAGUGAGCUUAGCUAUGCACCACAUUCGUACUGGGAACGAUUCGUUAGGUCACCAAUGCAUUACCUACAGCAAUACCAAAAUAAAAAGGAAUACCACGAAAGGAGUAACGAAAUACUUUAUAAUAUUGAAAAUAAGGUUGAAAUUGCUGCGUCCACAAUGUUGCCAAUGAGUUUAUCGGAAAUUGAAAAUGUUAUCAACGUAAUGGAAGGAGCACAAGAUGAAAUCCAAAAAAGCUAUGAAAUUCCCCAUAAUACUCCAACUAAUAACACGCUUGACAUUAAUUUGUGGCCCCAAGAAUUAGUGACAAAUAAUACUCGUACAAAUUCCGCUGAGCCUUUUAUAAAAAAGAUCCAAAAAUACUUUAAUUAUACAAAGAAAUAUACCGCAGAAAAAAAGGUGCAUUCCAAUACAAGUGGUGUACUUCUGCAGAACAUUCAUAAUUUUAUUACUUGGCUUGGUACAGAACAAGUUAACAAUAUUCCCAGCUACAAAAUACAUAACUCAAAGUUAAGCAGCAAAAGUCGCGACGAAAACAAAAAAAAAUGUCUAACUAAAAAUGAUGUACCAAUCUCUAACGUUAAGCAACUUAAUAAUCCACCUAACGAUUUCGUCCAAAGAAGAAAAUACAAAACGGCACCUAUCAGAAGCACAAGUGUACAACAUCAAGCACUUUCGCCGAUAUUUGAUUACAAGAAAAAACGUUUUCUCAACAUAAAUAGUCAAUACCCAUUAUAUAAUCUUUUAGAAUAUCAAUUUCCUACCGUCCCAAAGCCUAUCAAAAAACCGCCUUCGAGAACUGUUCGCCCUUCAUAUUUCCACCACGAAAUACACCAUUUUGAUUUCAUCGAUUAA